AUGGUUUUGGCCAUGGCAUUUCAGGAUGCUCAGAACUUCUUCCAGCCUCUCUCUUCCUGGAUAUCUCGGGUUUAUGAAGCUCUCCAGCAAGCAGGAGAUACGCUAUCUGCUUCGCUGGUUAACUUAAGCAAACAAGACUCUAAAUUGAGUGAAAAGCUAGACCAGGACUUAGAUGAUAUUCAGAUUCAGGAAACUUACUUUGAAGAUGAAGAACAAGGCAAUGAUUGGCGUCAAGAGGAUGCAAAUCCCUUGUUUCUUGAAGUGGAUCAUUUCUCCUGUUGUAAUAGGGAUUUGCAGGACUCUGCCCAAAGUUCGAGCCCCAGACUUAGCCAACAUGCAAAGGACUCAUGUUCCAUAAUGUCCCAGUGGCCCAAUCAGACCCUUGAUGACCAAAAGCCACCACAUGUGCUUUCUUCUAUUGCUGAGGAAGAACACCACCUUGAAAAGCAAAGGAGUGACCUUCAACACAGCCAGCUCUCUGGUAUUUUAGAAAGUGUUAAUGGAAAAAAGCAAGUUAACAGCUUUGGAGAUGAUGAAGAGCCAUGCACAUCUUCUGACAGUGAUGAAGAGGUGAUCAAACAAUUUGAGAUUUCUGUGUCCCGGUCCCAGAGUUUCCAUUCAGAAGCAUCUGAAAAAGGAAAGCAGGUGGGAUUGGAACAAAAAUCAAAAUUCAGCCACCUGCUCUCUACCCAUGAGGAGGAUAACACAGAAGUGUCUGCCUGUGAAGAUUUGGAUGGAGCCAGCCAGCUGAGUUAUUCUGAGAAUCUGUCCUACGGUGAAGAUGACCCUGUUUCUGCCCAUUCACAGUCCCCAUGUGAGGUGGGGAACACCAGGCACCAUGGCGCAGCUCCCCAAAAGACCAGUAUGCCUCGCAGCCUCGGUCUCCUGGAAUUGGAGACAGCCUUUAAUAACCGGGGAUUUGAAGAGUCCUAUGCUGCUGAUAGCUCUUCCAUGUGGAGUCCAGAGGAACAGGAUGGGGCCAAUUUCCAGGUGCCAGCUGGGGUCUUGGAGCCCAUCUCAAAAUGUGGUGACCUGGAUGUCAUCUUCGAAUAUAGAGCCUCCAGCCAGAAGCUCACAGUGACCAUUGUCAGAGCACAGGGCCUCCCAGAUAAGGACCGAAGUGGUGUCAACUCCUGGCAAGUUCACGUAGUGCUGCUGCCCAGUAAGAAUCAGAGGGGCAGGACAAGCAUACAGAGAGGCCCCAACCCUGUCUUCACGGAGAAGGUCACCUUCACCAAGCUGGAGCCCAGACAUGUGGCUGCCUGUGCUGCCCGCUUCCGUCUGUAUGCUGCCCGCAAGAUGACCCGUGAGAGAAUGAUGGGAGAGAAGCUAUUCCAUCUCAGGCACCUGCACCCAGAAGGGGAAAUGAAAGUGACUCUGGUUCUGGAGCCAAGAAGUAAUAUCAGCAGUGGAGAGUCUCCGCUCAGCCCAUCUGCAGUUUCUCACAGUGAUAGCGCUUCAUCCACACAGUCGCUGUCUCAUGGAGGAGCGCCAGAGCUGUUGGUGGGGCUGUCCUACAACGCCACAACGGGGCGAUUAUCCGUGGAAAUGAUCAAAGGCAGCCAUUUCCGAAACCUUGCUGUUAAUAGAGCGCCUGAUACAUACGGAAAGCUCUUUCUUCUCGAUUCUGUGGGUCAAGAGAUGUCCCGCUGUAAGACGUCCAUUCGACGUGGUCAGCCCAAUCCAGUCUACAAGGAGACCUUUGCUUUCCAGGUGGCCCUCUUUCAGCUCUCUGAUGUCACACUGAUGAUUUCCGUUUAUAACAGGCGUACUAUGAAGCGUAAAGAGAUGAUUGGUUGGAUUGCUCUGGGCCAAAACAGUAGCGGAGAAGAGGAACAAGACCAUUGGGAGGAAAUGAAGGAAACCAAAGGCCAGCAAAUCUGCAGAUGGCACACCUUGCUUGAAUCUUAG